GAGGAUGCUGAAAGGAAGAAGAAACGAAUUCUUUGACUGGCACUGAAGGAGUGGGGGGGGUAUUUUUCCCCCUCAUUUUUAAAUUUUUCUUCAUUAUUCUUUUUCUCUAGGAAAUCAUUAACUGGGGGGAGGGUUGUUUUCUUUUUUCCCUCCCCCCCUUUUUUUGGAGGGGGAUUUCAGAAGAUCCAUCUUUCUUUCCCCUCCCCUCCAAAGAUUUUUUUUUCAUCCUUCGUCUUUGUGGAAAUGUGGACAUUUCAGGCAGACAGAUUGAGUGGAAUUGUCUCUGCUUUAGCAGCUCUUUGUCUCGCCUGCUGUGCGCAAAGCCCCUCCACUGGAAAUAUUUCUGUGGUGAAAGAGAUUGUGGACAAACUGCUGAAGGGCUAUGACGUCCGCCUCAGGCCUGACUUUGGAGGUAACCCUGUCACAGUGGGAAUGAGCAUCCACAUCUCCAGCAUUGACCAGAUCUCUGAAGUCAACAUGGAUUACACCAUCACCAUGUACUUCCAGCAGAGCUGGCGGGACAAACGCCUGGCCUACAAUGACCUUCCUCUCAACCUGACCCUGGACAACAGGGUGGCUGACCAGCUGUGGCUGCCUGACACCUACUUCCUGAACGACAAGAAGUCCUUUCUGCACGGGGUGACGGUGAAGAACCGCAUGAUUCGGCUCCAUCCUGACGGGACCGUCCUGUAUGGCCUGAGGAUCACCACCACAGCCGCCUGCAUGAUGGACCUGCGGAGGUACCCGCUGGACCAGCAGAACUGCACGCUGGAGAUCGAGAGCUAUGGUUACACGGUGGAUGACAUUGUCUUCUUCUGGCAAGGGAACGACUCUGCUGUCACUGGGAUGGAGGUGCUGGAGCUGCCCCAGUUCACCAUCAUCGAGCAGAGGCUGGUCAGCAGGGAAGUGGUCUUCACCACUGGUUCAUAUCUGCGCUUAUCCCUGAGUUUCCGGAUCAAGAGGAACAUUGGUUACUUCAUCCUGCAGACCUACAUGCCGUCCAUCCUCAUCACCAUCCUGUCCUGGGUCUCCUUCUGGAUCAAUUAUGAUGCUUCUGCUGCACGAGUGGCACUGGGGGUCACCACGGUACUCACCAUGACAACCAUCAACACCCACCUGCGGGAGACUCUCCCCAAGAUCCCCUACGUCAAGGCUAUCGAUGUUUAUCUCAUGGGCUGCUUUGUCUUCGUGUUCCUGGCACUCCUGGAAUAUGCUUUUGUCAACUACAUCUUCUUCGGGCGGGGGCCCCGGCAGCAGAAGAAGCAGAGCGAGCGCAUCAGCAAGGCCAACAACGAGCGCCACCGUUACGAGGAGAAGAGGGUGAGAGAGCAGGUCGACCCUUACGGUAACAUCCUCCUCAGCACGCUGGAGAUGAACAACGAGCUGCUGGCCACGGACAUGAUGAGCAGCGUGGGCGACUCUCGAAACUCUGUCAUGUCCUUCGAGGGCUCAGGGAUCCAGUUCCGCAAGCCGCUGGCCUCCCGGGAUGGCUUUGGCCACCACCCCACCCUGGACCGCCACGUGCCGCUGAGCCACCACGCCGCCGCCCGCAACCGCGCCAACUGCCGCCUGCGCCGGCGGUCGUCCAAGCUGAAGCUCAAAAUCCCAGACCUGACGGACGUCAGCACCAUUGACAAGUGGUCACGGAUCAUUUUUCCGAUCACUUUUGGAUUCUUCAACCUUGUUUACUGGUUGUACUAUGUAAAUUGAUGCCUGCGGCCCUCCGAGAGAGAUGAUAGGGACAGACACUCAGACAAUGACAACACGGGAGUGUUGCGGUCUUUUGGGUUUGGGUUUUACUCUUUACUAUCAUUGUCAUUUAUUCCUAUGGUUCAUUAGAUUUAUUCUAAGCUUACUCUUCUCUUUUCAGCACAUGUAGAACCACGGAGUGUGGGGUGGGGUAAAGGGAGAGAAAGGUAUGGGAGGGGGUUUGGUUUCAGGGAGGGAUGUGUUUGUCUUGAUUUUGGUUUCCUGCUGAAGGACUUAAACCAUUGUAAAAAAAAAAAAUCAACAAAACCAACAAAAACCAAAAAAAAAGAAAGAAAAAAAAGAAAAAAAGACAGAAAAAAAUAGAAAAAACACACAAAAAAACCCCAAAACUAAGAAAAGUUUAAAAAAAAAAAAAGAGGGGGGAGAUUUAAAGAAGUUGAGUCAAAAACUGGUGCGGGCGAGGGCGAUAGGUUAUCUUUGGCUGUGCUCACUAAUGCUCUAUCCUCACUUCCAUUUCACUACUGAAUUUCAUCUUUCACUUUUCAGUCCUAUUAUACAUUUUUUAAUCUUUCUUCUGUCACUGCUCUUAACCCCUUCAUGUUUAUUCUUUCAUGGAUUCAUGACAUGAUGGGGUUUCAUUCUCACGCUAUGAGAUUUUUCUUUUCUUUUUCUCUCUCUCCCUCCCUCUUGCUUACAAGCCUAAAAGAAUCUUUUAAACCAACAAAUAAAAAGAAUAUUUAUUUUGGAAGAGGUGGGAAGGGAGGGGAGG